AUGGCCCAGCACUUAACGUACAACCGUGUCCUCCAGAUCUUGAGGGACAGCUGCUCCGGGAGAGAAACAUUCUUGUCCAAAAGUACAAGAAUACCUUCGGAACUUAAGGCGUUUGAUCCCGAGCCGGGCACCCUGUUCAAUCAAACCUUCCAGCAUCUUGACGAAUUUGUGAAUCUUCCUACCGGGGGUGCAUUAUUCGGCCUUACUUCCAAGACGAGCCGACAAGGGCUGACAAAGAAAAUCUGCCAAGUCCUCUGUCAGCAACUCCACGACCCAGUGGACCAUAUCGAGCGCCUGGAUAGGGCUUUUUCUGAGUUCCUGUAUUUCGAGAUAUUUGAUGGCCGAGUGGCUGAUCCAGAAUCGCUUGCGAGGGAGACAUACCGGCUGUUGACGCGCCUUGUGCCCGAUGAGCAGCCCUACUGGGAACUCAAUGCCGAAGCAACCUGCAAUACUCUCACUGGCCACUUCUUCCAUCCAGGGAGCCCCGAGAAAGUACCACAUCGACUCAAAGCGUCCACCUUUUUUGAUCGCAAUAUAGUAUGCACGGCAAUUCACACGGUCUUAGAACCGCUCCGCGAAACGGGUUCGUCGUUACGUCUAACCGGUUAUAUCGACCUUCUCGCACAACUACUCCAAGCCGCAUUAGACAUCGUACCGGCCGGCCGUGUAUUCACUCCAGGAAACUUGCUAGUGCUGAGGACAUUUCUCUGGAAAUCCUUGCAGAGGUCUGUUACCUUAUACUGUUGGUCGUUGGUUAAACACGGCAACCGGGAAGUUUGGAUGGAUGUCACCCACCGCCAAACUUUCCAUGUCCAGCGCUUUCGGCGUGUGAUCGCAGCAAAACGAGAUCAAGAGCUGCUGUCGGAACUUCCGGCAUAUCUAUGUCCAUGGGCUUUUGAGUUGAUGCGGACACAUCCAGCUGCAGCUGGUGUAGAUCCCGCGUACUUUAUUCAUUUAUUCUCUAAGCAUUUUGGGAGCCUAUCUGCCAGGUGCAUCAUGAAUCCAGAUGGCUCUUUUCGGCAGUGCGAUGGAACUGGGCCCUUUGGAUGCGCCCGAUUUACGGGGGCGGUGAUCCAUGACCAGUCUGCGCACCAGGAAUCUUGUGAUAGAAAAUGUGCAAAGUUAUACUGGGAUGAGGACUCCUACCGUCAAGUUCAUGGCGCUAGGGCGGUGAGAUUGGAAGAACCAAGAAAAGGUCUUCUACAAUACUGCGCUGCUUCCAGCUCAACCAUGGCAAUAUCUCAUGUUUGGAGUCAUGGUCAAGGUGGUCGCCCCGAGCGUCCGAGAGAUGGGGUGCCCUCAACCGGAUUCAAUUCUUGUCUUCACCAACGAUACUCCACCAUUGCACGCCAGAUGGGCUGCAAUUCAUACUGGAUAGACACUGCCUGCAUUCCUCAAGACCACCAACUGCGAAGAGAAGCAAUUAGCCAAAUCAAUGACAUCUUUACCAAUAGUCGAUCUACGCUGGUAUGUGACCGAGACAUAAUGAUGAUCAGUAUCAAGAAGAAGACAUUUGCCGUGUUGGAGUCCUUAAUGGCCGCCUUACUGGUCUGUGACUGGAACAGUAGGGCUUGGACCCUUUUAGAAGGGACUAGAGGCGCCAAGGUCGUUAACCUUCUCUGCAAAGAUAACCAGACUAUUGAGCUGAGCGAGGUCAUUCAAGCUAUGUAUAGCAGGGGGCGUCUCUCCCUGGCAAUUCUCUGCCUGACUCUCGACCACUUAAUGGGAGCCGCGGUUGUAGGGGGAGAAACCUUCCGACUGACCGAGCGUCAGCACAAGUAUACCGAGACAACAGCAGCGACCCUUUUAAGCCAUCGCCAUGCCAGUCGUGAGGGAGAUGAGGUUGUAAUCUGGAGCCUACUGUGUGGGAGACUAGUAUAUACUGCCGAAGAGUUCUGGCGGGACGCAAAGCAUAUCAAGACUGGAUUUUUGAUCUCCGAUAUCCCAAGGCUCGAAGGGGUUCCAGGGUUCAGCUGGGCCCCAAGACGGCCAGGCCUGGCGUCGGGUGGUAAGAUUGUUGCCCGGCGCGAAUACCACCAACGGCGCAUUCUGGAGGUCAUGGAUAGUCAAGCUGGUAGCAUAUGCGCGGACGGGCUCCAAGCCACGUGGAGUGUCUGUGAUAUGGCGGAUGUGAACUUUUUCUCCAGCCUCUAUCAGUGUUUUAUGCAUUGUAUUGGCGCCCUUCACUCCUUCGGGAGAAUAUUUUGGAAAAUGGUACUCUGGGAACAGCUGGAAACCGCCCUAUAUUAUUGGCAUAUGGCUUGCGCAUCUUUGGAUAUGCGCCGCCGUUUCCAGCUUAUUUCCCAUGAUGUGCAGGCUCCUAUGCAUCGCCUUGCUCUCAUACGACCGUCUUCUUCAUCAGACAUUUACGAUGGAGACGCAAAGGAGGCUUCUAUGGCAGUGAUAGAGAUCACAGGCAGAGGUACAUGGGCCUGGAGAAAGGCUAAGAGGGCCUAA